AUGCCCGCCGCACAACACCCCAGCAAAAGCGACGAUAUGGCUCCACUCCAAAACCCCCGCGAUGAAGUCAUCCAGCUUCCCCAAUCGAGCGUCCAACAUCUUGGUGUACACAGCACUGCCAGCAUUCGCAGGAGCAGUAGCAUUUACUCUAUCACUCUCGACACCGACAUAUCCCCACGAACGUCCGUCAUCAUGGGGCAGGACGCUCCGAAUGACGACCGGAGAACCUUCACCAGCAGACAUCCAUCAGAAUCGGCGCGAAGUAUAGAUGGGCCGAGCUUUCGAGACGUCGACUGGACAAAAGGAAGGCGGGCGGAGACUCGCCAUCCAGAGAAGUCCACAAACUUGGAGACAACACAUGAACGUCAGGAACCGAGGGAGCUCGUUGAGGGAUUCUGCCUACUGAGGGCGAAAGCGUCGAUGGGAAGAAGGAGGAAGGGGGUGAAAGGAAGAACAGACACAGGAGCGAGCUCAAGUGAUGCGCAGCCACAACGGGGGCCACAGCCAGUAACAUCAGAGGCAUACAGCACUCUGACCGGGAACGGACCAUACGGGAUGCAGAUGCAGACGGGCGUCACUACCACUGAACGCGAGCACUCCUCACUAGACCACCGCGGGUACGACCUAGAAAGAGGAUUCGAUCCCGGCAGCGGCUACAACGACAGCACCAGCAGCGAUGAUGAAGAACCCGACUGCAUCGGCAGUGAUCAAGACGAUACCGACCAAGCCUCGGCGGUCUACCUCAACAGAGAAUAUGCCGAGACCGAUGAGAUCAACAACGCCUUCGGCGACGGCCGCUACGUGGUGAGUCCGGACGGGUCGCUGGUGGCGCACAGGGACUUGGGCCCGCUAGACUCGCUGCACGCCCGGGCUGCGCCGAAGAUCCGGGCCUGGCGGCAGGCUGAAGCUGCUGUCAUUGGGCGCGUGAGCGAUGGAGCAAACGGUAUGGCUCGGGCGAUUAAGCGGAUGCUCGAGAAGGCUGGCGCGAAGUUAGCAUCGGUGCUCACGAGCAAUGAGAGCGAGGAGGAUGAGCCGGCCGUUGAAGUGAGGAUCCAUGAGAUGGCAGAAGGUGCACGAGAGUACGAACGGCGGGUUUUGGCGACAUGCUGCAUGAAUCAUCAGGUAAGUGAGCGCAGGAACACGAUAUGA